GGAGGCGGUGGCUGUGGCUGUGCCGGGCGAGGGUCCGUCCCUGCCCCAACCGCCCCCGUCCUGCCGGGCGCGGGUCCCCCCGAGCUCCGCCGCGGCUCCUCCUCCCGCCGCGGUGCGCGCCGGGCCGGGCCCGGAGCGCGGUGGGAAGUGUAGGCGGGGCGGGGCCGGACGUGCCGCUCCGCCCCGGGCCGAGCGCGCCGCGGGCUUCGCGCACCGAACAUGGCAGCGGCUGAGGCGGCCGAGGCCGCGCUGCAGCGGCGGCAGGAGGACGAGGAGGAGGAGAAGGAGGAGAACGAGAACCAUAACCAUAACCAUAACCACGGAGGCGGCGGCGACACGGCGGCGCUCAAUGGUGUGGUUGUCUCUGACAAAGUGAAAAGCAACAACCUGGAUGUGAAAAUUCCCAAGUCAGAAUUGGAAACCGAAGAAAAAGGAACGGAGGAAGAACCUACAAGGGAAUCAGAUGGCAACAUUUUGGAUGUAUCGUCUGAUUUUCCACGAGACAAACAUAUUUCAAUUCAAAGACACUUGGCUGAUCUGGAGAAACUGGCUGACCUGAGAGAAGACAAAAAGAAGCCUUGCCCAUUGUGUCCUGAGGAGAAAUUCAAAGCUUGCUAUAGUCAUAAACUCCAUCGUCACCUUCAGAACUUGCACUGGAAAGUUUCUGUUGAGUUCAAAGGGUACAGGAUGUGCAUCUGUCACUUACCUUGUCGUCCAGUCAAACCAAACCUCGCUGGAGACCAGACCUUGUCAAAGAUGGGAGCCCAUUACCACUGUAUCAUCUGCUCGGCAACUAUCACCCGAAGGACUGACAUGAUAGGUCACAUUAACAGGCAUGUGAACAAGGGAGAGACUGAGUCAAGGUUUAUUACAGUUCGUGCUCCCACAAACGAAGUGAUCAAAGAGUCAGCCACGGAUGUGCAGGUUCUUCCCAACCACUCCACACCCCAGAAAACAGAUUCCUAUUUUAAUCCCAAAAUGAAACUCAACAGGCAGUUGAUCUUCUGUGCACUGGCCGUGCUGGCUGAGGAGCGUAAACCCAUUGAGUGUUUGGAUGCUUUUGGGGCCACUGGUAUAAUGGGACUGCAGUGGGCAAAGCACCUCAGGAGUUCUGUGAGAGUUACAAUUAAUGAUUGUAACGAGAAUUCCGUGAAAAUCAUCAAGGAAAACUGUCAUUUAAACAAAAUGAAGGUGAAGCUGAACAUGAAGGAAGGAGACAGUGAUGGAACUGUGGGAGAUGGAGAAGAAAACACUGACACCAUUGAGGUGACCAGAAUGGAUGCCAAUGUUAUCAUGCAUUUGAGAUCAUUUGAUUUCAUCCACUUGGACCCCUUUGGAACUUCAGUGAAUUACCUGGAUUCUGCCUUUAGGAAUGUGAGAAACCUUGGGAUUGUGUCCUUGACGUCCACAGACAUCAGCUCUCUGUAUGCAAAGGCUCAGCACGUCGCCCUGCGCCACUAUGGGUGCAACAUUGUCAGGACAGAGUACUACAAGGAGCUGGCAGCCAGGAUUGUCAUUGCUGCUGUCACCAGAGCUGCAGCUCGCUGUAACAAAGGCAUUGAGGUGUUGCUGGCAGUGGCUCUGGAGCACUUUGUCCUGGUGGUGGUCAGAGUUCUGAGGGGCCCAUCCACUGCAGACGACUCCGCAAAGAAAAUCCGGUACCUCAUCCACUGCCAGUGGUGUGAAGAGAGGAUUUUUCAGAAAGAGGGUAAUAUGGUAGAAGAGAACCCUUACCAGCAGCUGCCCUGUGACUGCCAUGGCAGCAUGCCCGGGAGGACAGCCGUGGUCCUGGGGCCUCUCUGGUCAGGGAGCCUCUUUAACACUGGAUUCCUCAGGAGGAUGCUGUUGGAGGCUGUGCAGUAUGGCUUGGAUGAAGCCCAGCCACUCCUGAAGACGUUAGUUUGUGAAGCAGAGUGCACAACUUUAAAACAUUUCUCUACCCAUGGUCCUGGUGAUGAGAACAAGCAAGAAGAGUGUGGUGUGUAUAUUAAAACCUCAAACACUUCUGCAGAGUCCUACGUGGUACUUGGGAAGAGGAAGGGUGAGGAGGUGACGCGCGGGGCCAAGCGCCAGCGAGCGGAGCACAGCGCCGAGCACCCCGCCUUCUACUACAACGUGCACCGGCACAGCAUCCGCGGCAUGAACAUGCCCAAGUUGAACAAGUUCCUGAACUACCUGUCCGAAGCUGGGUACAGGGUGAGCCGCACCCACUUCGACCCCAUGGGGGUGCGCACCAACGCGCCCCUGGCGCAGUUCAAGACUGUCCUCAUGAAGUACAGCACCCCCACGUACACGGGGGGGCAGGCAGAAGGGCCUGUCCACCUCCCUGGAGAUGUCCAAGUGGAAGAAGAGGUUCCAGCUGUUGCAGAUAUCAAGGAAGAAGAUGCUGAGUUUCCAGAAGAAGAUAAAUCUGGAGUCGCUGAGGCCGUGUCCACACCAUCCUACCCCACUGACUGUGCAGCUGAUUAAUGUGGAUAGUUUUGUUCAUGCCAUCAGGAUGUUCCGGACUCGAACACACCCCAUUCCAGUGAGCUACUCCUUCCCAAACUGCA